CUUUAGUUCAUUUCCUAGUGGAGAAGUGCUUGCCUGGAUGUUCUGGCCUGUCCCGUUCCUUUCCGGGUGACGGUGUGUAAGGGCUGACUGGCUGGGUGACUCGUUUACAAAGGAACUCUGUAUAUGCUUAGAGGCACGGGUUCCAAGCAAAUACAGCUUGGGCUUACCUGGAAGUAAAGCACGGGCUCCAGAACUUGCAGCUGCACCCAGGGAAGGGGAACAGGAACUGGUUUCCAGCCGGUGGUCAUGAUGGAAGCUGUUGACUUGUCCUUUCUUUCGGAGGCUGAGAGGGAGCUGAUCCUACAAGUCCUACAACGGGACGAAACGUUGCGGAAAGCAGAAGAGAGGAGAAUUAAGCGCCUGAAGAAUGAGCUGCUGGAGAUCCGUAGAAAGGGAGCCAAGAGGGGCAGCCAGCGAUACAGCGAGAGGACAUGCGCCCGCUGCCAGCAGAGCCUGGGCCGGAUAAGUCCCAAAACGAAUACUUGCCGUGGUUGCAACCAUCUGGUGUGCCGGGACUGCCGCUCCUAUAGCGCCAAUAGCUCCUGGCGUUGCAAAGUCUGCACCAAAGAGGCUGAGCUGAAGAAAUCGACCGGUGACUGGUUCUAUGAUCAAAGAGUAAAUCGUUUUGCUAACAGGCUGGGCAGCGACAUCAUUCGAAUGUCCCUUCGGCGCAAACCACAGGCUAACAAAAGAGAUACUGCGGGGCAAGCCCUCCUUCAGAAGGCCCAGCUGACCGAUCCAAAAGGCUCCUCUGGGGCCGCACCAAAGAGUCCCCAGCAGCAACGCAAGGAACCUAGCUUGGCCCCUGAUCAAUUGGAGCUACGAGAUGCAAAGAGCGACACGGAAUCCACCGAGAACAUGAGCCUGGACGGCUACCGCCCCCUCUCUCCUCCCACAGCUCCUGGGUCCAGCUCUCGCCAAGAGGGGACGAAAGCUCUCAGCCCUUCGGUGUCCAAUGCAUCCAGUUUGACCCUCCCCGUCCGUUUCAGACAGGCUUCCCCCUCCGAUUCAGAGAGGGAAGCUCGUUUGGGGAGUCGUGGUGCAGCUUCAGCCGACGAGAAUGAAACCUUAUUCAAGAAGAAUCCCAGGAGAAUUCAGAGGCCUUCAGAGUACACCAAAUCAGUGAUUGACCUGCGCCCGGAGGAGCCUGUUGGGGAAAGCGGGCCUCUAGGGGACAGAAGCAAAUCAGUUCCAGGCCUCAACAUUGAAGUGGAUGAGGAGGAAGAGGAGGACAUAGACAACCUGGUAGAGAUUCACCGGAGAAGGGCAGCCCGGGGCAGCAUGCGCAGUGGCACAUCCUCGAGCACUUUGGGGAGCAUGGUCAGCAUUUACAGCGAAGCAGGUGACUUUGGCAAUGUCUGUGUUACGGGAGAAAUUGCCUUCUCCUUGAGCUAUGAGCAGAAGCUGCAGACCCUCUUCAUCCACAUCAAGGAGUGUCGCCAACUGGCCUAUGCCGAUGAGGCCAAGAAGCGUUCCAACCCGUACGUGAAGACAUACCUUCUCCCGGACAAAUCCCGCCAGGGGAAGCGCAAAACCACCAUCAAACGGAACACCGUCAGUCCCUUGUACAACGAGCUGCUCAAGUAUGAGAUCGACCAGUCUCUCCUGCUCACCAGGACCGUACAGUUCUCUGUCUGGCAUCACGAUCGCUUUGGCCGGAACACUUUCUUGGGAGAGGCGGAGGUCCCGAUGGACUCCUGGAACUUCAAGAGCCAGUUGGAAGAGAGUCUACCUUUGCAUGGCAAGAACACUGCAGACUCAGCUGCCUCUCCUCAAUACAAAGGCGAAUUGGUUGUUUCCUUGAAGUUCAUUCCACCUGCAAAGCAUCCCAAUGUGGGAACAGGAAGAAAAGGGAAAAGGGAAGAAGGAGGUGAACUUCAGGUCUGGAUCAAAGAAGCCAAGAACUUGACAGCAGUAAAAUCUGGAGGAACUUCUGACAGCUUUGUCAAGGGAUAUUUGUUACCUCUGAGGAGCAAGGCCACUAAAAGAAAGACGCCGGUUGUGAAGAAGAGUCUGAACCCCCACUACAACCACACCUUGGUCUACAACAACAUCCCUGUGGAAGAGCUGCCGCACAUCUGUCUGGAGCUUACUGUGUGGGACCGGGAGCCCCUUUCUAGCAACGAUUUCUUGGGUGGAGUCCGGCUUGGAGUUGGGAAUGGAAUGAGCCAUGGCCAAGCGGUGGACUGGAUGGAUUCUAUGGGUGAGGAGAUAAGCCUGUGGCAGAAGAUGCGCAAGUACCCGGGAUCCUGGGCAGAGGGAACUCUUCUCCUUCGCGCCACCAUGGCCAGGCCAAGACUGUAACUCUGUUCCAGCUGGCUUUUGUGAGCCUGAGCACAGGAGGCAAAAGACAGACUGGUCUGCUGCACUUGAGAGCUUAGGGGACACAGCAGCAAGAUUUCGCAGCUUCUGACGUGUGUAGCAAUAGAACCAACUUCGCAACGGCUCUUGAAGCUGGCUUGUUCAGAAGGGAUGUUCUUGGCAGCCUAUUUUAUUUAAAGGGUCUUUCUUUUGUAACCAACUUCGUUGGGCUUAUAUUCUGUGCAGACCCUUUCCCUGGGGUCUCCCAAAGUGCCUUUUACAAACUUCUUGCUUUUCCUCAUUGUCUUUCUCUCCCUGCAUACUCCUCCCCCAAAUCCUUUUCCUUGUGUCUUUGUUUAAUAAGCCUUCUGCUGCGCACUGUAUCUCUACGUCCUGUUCUUGAUUUUAAACGUUAUUGCCUUCUGUUGUGUACACAGGGGAAAGGGUCACUGAAAUAAAGUUUGGAUUUAUGA